CCAACACACACACACAUGUGCGCACAUGCCCCCUUAUUUCAUUAUCAACAGGAGGAAAUAAAGAACAUUUUGUCCAGCAAGUUUCUAUGAGCAACUGUGGAAGUACAGUAGUUCUUCUGCCACCAUGAAGGGGGUCUUCUCUAGCGCCAUUCUUGUUCUGGUCAUCUCCAUGUGGGCUGCCUUCGCAGUUGACUUUCCUCUUCCUAUGGACAGAGGGACUGACCUAGAAAAGACAAAGGCUGAAUGCACUAAGAAUAUAAACAAGUGCUGGAUUUUAGCCUACCUCAGGCCAACAGACUCCAUAUGUGGCAGUGACCAUAUUACCUACAGUGGGGAAUGCCAUCUCUGCUACAGAAUUCUAUAUGAAAAACUUAACAUAAUUAAACUGCAUGAUGGACCAUGUGAAAACUCCUGAACUUACCAUUACAGAACUUACUGAAUUCCCAGAUGAUCAAGUCAAUCACAAUGACUGCUUUUACAUCGCCUUUAGAGGAAUAUGCUGGUGCUUGAGGAAACCAAUAGCUACAAUCAAACUCAUUGAUCUUCAAUAAAUGAUUUUUUUCUAUGCAUUUAUUGUGUUUGUUUUUUAGAUCUCACAUGUGAAAUCAUACAGUAUUUGCCUUUCUCUGACUUAUUUCAUUUAG